UGUAGGGCAGCAGUGUGGAGGUGUGAGUCAGACCGUGUAGGAGGAGUCAAAGUAAGAUGGCUGCGGGAAAGGGGAGAGUAUGUGAGAAUUGGUCAAAUGGGAUGUUUAUCUGUCGCUAACAGGAUGCACAGCAGCCCGAACGAAGGAGUGGUUAAUGUGUCAGCUACCCAGGCUCACUGUCGUGUGGUCCAACAAUCGUUUUCAGGCUACUUUUUAGCCGCUCGUCCGUUUACUGCUCUGACAUUGUGGAAUUCAUUAGCGGCUCGUCGUUAGCAGUCGAGCUGCGCUAACCCACUAGCCUCCAGGCUAGCAGUUUCUUUGGACAACAGCAGCUCAACACAACUGUGGAGACGUUUACAAACACUGAAAGUGUGUCCAUCCUGACUGGCUAUGGAGUGGAGUUGGCUUCAGACUGGAUGACAGAGUCUACAGGGAGGACACAGUCACUCAGUUACUAAAGAGACAGAUGAACACUGACUGGCACUGACAUCCUGUAUAGCUGAUUUCUUUUAUCUCCUUCUCUCUGUUUAACAUUUCCCCCCCUUAAUUUUUUCACAUUUUUCCUCUCUAUCCUUUUCUGUGUUUUACUGGAGCCUUAUUCUUUUUCAUUUAAAUACUUGACUUUUUACGUGUUUCCAACGAUCCAGUAUGAGCUGGCUAAGUAGACUAAAUCCCAGAGCUCCCGGAAACCGGCCUGGCCGCAGCACUACUCCCUCAAGUCCUUGCACUGCUGACCCGGAGACCUGCCUAAUGGUCUUUCAGAACCACUGGAGACAGGUUUCUUGGGUGUUGGAGCAGCCUUCCUCUUCCAGUGAUGAUCUGACAGCAGUGAGGAAUCACACAGACCAGAUGUUGUGUUUGCUGGCAGAGGAGAGGCCAGUUGAGAGCUCAGAGGGAGGCACUGCUGUGUCACUCAUGGGCCCCAUACUGGAGCUGGUAGUCACUGAGAAUAUCCUGGAGGGUCUGGUUCAGUGGCACCUGUGCAGAGGCCUGGACCCAGACAGUCAGGGGGCGCUGCUCAAGCUUUUCGAGAUGCUCAUCGGCCAAUCCCAGCAGCCUUUGCUGCAGCACACUGCCAUCCUUCACCCCCUGCUGAGGCUCUUGGGAGCUUGUGCUGACCAUGACCUUGGUUGUCCUCCAGCUCUUGAGAACAGCUUAGUACUGCUGCUUAACCAGGUAUGUGUCACCAUGGCCCGACAACCUGUGGUCUUAGAGAUGCUGUUUAGGGCAGCGCCUGCCCAGCAGGGCUCUACCAAUCUCCUGAUCUUUUCACUCCUCGUGCCAUUCAUUCACCGAGAUGGAGCCAUUGGACAGCAGGCACGAGAUGCUCUGCUGCUCGUCAUGGCAGCCUCAGCCAGUCAUGAGGCUGUGGCGCGCUACAUCGCUGAGAACUCCUACUUCUGCCCAGUGUUGGCGACGGGCCUCAGUGCACUGUACUCCUCUCUGCCCAGGAAGAUUGAGGUUCGAGGGGACGACUGGCACGCUCUAAGACGCGAGGACUGGAUAGGCGUGUCGUCACUGGUUCUGUUCAUGAAUUCCCUUGAGUUCUGCAAUGCUGUAGUGCAAGUCGCCCAUCCACUAGUUCGCUACCAACUCCUGGAUUAUCUCCAUAAUGGCUUCCUAGUACCGGUCAUGGGCCCUGCACUGCACAAGUCGUCGGUGGAUGAGAUGAUCGCCAGUACUGCCUAUUUGGACCUUUUCCUGCGCAGUGUGACCGAAACGUCCCUUCUGAAAACCUUCCUGCGUUUCAUUCUGCUGCAUUGCCACGACAACGACACCAUCCUGGACACACUUCUCACACGCAUCAGUAGCAAUUCAAGGCUCUGCAUGGUUUCACUGAGUCUCUUCAGGACCCUGCUCUCCCUGCACUGUGAAGACAUCAUGCUGCAGCUUGUUCUCAGGUAUCUACUGCCCUGCACCCAUGUGAUGCUGAGUCAGCGUCGUGCCAUCAAAGAGACAGACAUGUAUGGAAAGUCAGCUGCUAAGUUCCUGUCACUGAUCCCAGAGUGCUGUCGAAUCUAUACAGCACCCUCUGCUGAGCGGGAGGAGGACAAUCCGUUCUGGAGCAAAGCACUUCAUAGUCCCAGCACAGAGACUCCAACCCCACCAAGACCCAGCACCCCAUCACGGCUAUCCUUCUUCAUGCGCCAACAGAGCAGUGGAGGAGGUUCAGGAGUAGGGGGAGCCACUACCCCCUCUGGUAUGGAACAACUGCAGUCUGGCCCCGUCACGUCCCCUGACAGCCCUAUGCACCAGCAGACAAACACAGAUUGUUUGGACUGGGAUUCUGGAUACCUGGAGUACCUUAAAGAUGCCCGCAGGGGCAUUGAGCUAUGCUCCUGGGCCUGUUGUGAUUGGUCGGCACCUUACGAUGGAGAGAACCCUUCCCCCAACUCAGCCCCUCCACCUCCACCUCCCCCUACAUCUAACCCCUCUAUGGCAAUUUUCCCGGAGCACUUCUCCUUUCAGCAGGGAGCAAGCAAUAACACUUCUCCUAGUCAGCAGAGGGCGGCCAUUGUGGCUGCUGCACGGUCAGAGUGGAGCAGCUCAGAGCGCGACAGCGGAGAAUGGGACAUUACAAUAGGUAAAAACAGCUGCAUCAGCCUAACACCACGCUCCAAAAAACGCAGCCUGCAGAGAGAGGAGCUCCUGCCAAAACCAGUACCUUCUCUGGUCCAGUCCUCCAUGCAAUCCAAAGCUGCACCUUUAUCAGUUUCCCUCACUGCCUCACCCUCUGCGCCCCACAAUCCCACCUCAGCCAUCACUAUUAGUUACCAGGCAAUGUACAAUGGAACAAUCAGACAGAGUGAUGGAUGCUCAGACAGUCGAGACAGAGGCCUGGAGGUAAAGAAAGUGAAGAGAGACUUGGGGGAGCAGCAGUAUCUGGAUGAAAAUGCAAAUCAGAAUGGAUCACUAGUCACACGUCCUCCAAAAACCUGCACCGUUCUCCCACAACCAGUCUUUAACAACACUGACAUGAGUGAUGCUAAAUCUUUUUGUCCUAACUCUUUGUCCUCACAUAGCUCCAUUCCCAGGACAAACUCUGACUCCAAUCUGCUGACCAGUGACACCUCAAAUUUAAAUAGUACAUCCUCAGAUCUUCCAGAAGCCAAGCCACCUCAACAAUCUGUAGAGAGUCUUAUCAAGGAGCUGCUGGAGCAGGUGCCAGGAGACACUCCACCCUCUGGAGACUCCAAUGGUCAGGGCAUCAGCAUUGAGGCCUUCACAGAGGAACUGAGGGAGCUGGAGAACCGUGUGAAGGAACGCAGCGUAGCGGCCUGCCAGCAGGAGGAGGACACAAGCAAAGAUACCCUGACUGCUGAACAGCAGGAGGAGGUACAACAGCAGGCCUCAGCCCCGGAGGGGAAGCUCUCAGGUGACACAAAAGGAGAAGAUUCUUUGAUGGGUCUUUGUAGCCCUGCCAGAGCCCUGAAUCAGCCUGCUUCUCAGCCAUACACAGGGCCAUUUAUGGUGGUUCUGUUUUCCAAACUGGAGAACAUGCUCCAAAACUCACUAUAUGUCAACAUCCUGCUCACGGGCAUCGUGGCUCAGCUGGCCUGUUAUCCUCAGCCUCUCCUGCGUUCCUUCCUGCUCAACACCAACAUGGUCUUCCAGCCCAGCGUCAAGUCACUGCUUCAGGUUCUUGGUUCUGUGAAGAAUCGCAUCGAAGCGUUCGCAGCCUCCCACGAGGAUUUUCCUGCCAUGCUGAAGAAAGCCCAGCAGUACCUGGUGGCCCGAGGCAAAGUGGACUGGGCCGACUUGCCUGCAGCUGUUCCCAUGCUGCGGCGCUCUGAUUCCAUGGUGAAAAGUCGUAAGCCAUCCCUUGGUGACCUGAUCCUCCGUCACACCAACAGUCCGACCCGGGCUCGGCAUGCCGCUCAGCUGGCACUUGCACAUGUUCGGGAUGGCAGCCAAUCUUUACACAGUGCUCUGUUCCGGGGCAGUGGAGGCGGAGGGCCAUCUGGGCUGGAGAAGCAAGCAGAGGCACUGCGAGUGAAGAACGCCGUCUACUGUGCUGUCAUCUUUUCCGAGUUCCUCAAAGAGCUUGCUGCCCUGGCUCAAGAGCACGCUGUCACGCUGCCCUUUCCUCACAGCCAGGAGUCAGAGGAAUAGACGGUGACACACACACCCACACUCCUCUCUUUGUUAGGGAAUGUUUUUUCUUAUUUGACUGUAAAAAGAGUUGUAUAGGUUCUCCAUCACCAGACUGCAGCACUGAGACUUCUUCUGUCAAGAAAGUGGGUCAUCUGUAAUGACGCAGACGACCACUAGAGGAAAACAGUGUCAUUUUUGUACCAAAAUCAUCAUAGGACACUUGCAGGACUGGAAGUAUUUUCCUCAUUUGUAAACUUAUUGUGAAUAUCAUGUAUAAUAUUUACAUUGUACACACAGAGAGAUCUGAGAGUAAAUGUGAGAGGUUGGGGAAGAUGUACGUGCACAUACUGUCUGUGUAUACAGUGAUACUGUGUACUGUAAAAGAAGUUGGUGCACAAACCGGUGCUAGUCAGUCACCUUUAAACUGAAAAAAAAAAAGCAGAAAUUAUGACAAACACCAAAAACUGACAGUAAUUGUUCACAGUGGCUGGUAAAUGCAAAAAAAAAAAAAUCCAAUCAGAUUUUUAUCUUCAAUCAAAAACAAACUAAAUUCAAGAACAUUUAUUAUUAUUUUCCAUUUUCUUUAACAAAGGAUUCACUGCUGCAAAAGACCAGACAUGAAUGCGAUAAUAACUGGACAAAUGGGAAAUGGAGGCACCGGUGCCAUUUAAUUUUCCUGUGAAUCAACACGAUCAUCGCUAAAGUACUGGAAAUCUUUGGAUCAUUAUCGGCAUUCUGUUAAAUGUAGAUUUUUCAAGUUUGUCUCUAAGAUUUGCACCAGUUUGUAAACAUAUCAGCAACACAUGGAGGAAAGUGUGUGUGUUUUCAUGUGUAUGGGUUUUAUUUUAAUGGCCGUCAGGAGGUUGUGUGAUUUCAAGUCUUUGAUAUUUCACAGUUCGUACCAUUGAUAUGUCAUUCAGUCUCGUUAAAAGACCUGGCAGCCGAAAGAAUGUGUUUUUAUUCUUGGCAUGAUUUCCAUUUAUUUUGAACUGACGGUUAAAGUCCUAAUGAGACGUUCACUGACUUUAUUCAAGCAGCUCUUCUGUUUGGGAUGUGAGCCGAGAAUAAAUCAUUUAAUUUAGGUUUUUUUUCUAUCUUUGGGAAGUUUUAUUUAGUUUUUAGCCAAACUGAUCGAAAACUGUUUAUAUUCAAACGUAAUGUGCUGCUAUUUGUUUUGAACACUAACAUCUGUUUAUAUUUUGUUCUCAUUUUAUUCUGUUGUUCGGUACCAAGUAUUAACUGUUGCAGUGAGGGUGAGGAGGAGACAGUGCCUGUGUCGUCGGUGUGAUUGGCUUUUAAUUUAUUCUCUUGUGUUUGAAGUUGAAUGAAGUUGCAGUUUCAGUGUCAUGGAAUUUUGCCAAGAUGAAAAACCUAUUGAAAAAAAGUGGGUGAACAUUGAAGGUUUUGAUUUGUUGUGUGUUGUUUAGAAAAAACACAGGCAGGUGUUGUUUCUGUCGUUUCACAGUUGAUGUAGAAAAGUCUACACACCCUUGUUGCCAUGACACUACUUUUUAAAAAAAAAAAAUGUA